AUGUUGUUAGAUUUAUCAAAUAAUAAAUUGAAAAGUUUAGAGGACUGUGAUAUUAUCUUAGAAAAGUUGAUUGAGUUAAAUUUGGAUUACCCAAGUAUAACUUAUUUAAACGUUUCUCAUAAUAAUAUAAAAUCGAUAAAAGGAUUAAGAGCUUUUGAAAAUUUAAGAGUUUUGAAUAUAUCGCAUAAUGAAGUGAUAUCAUUAGAUGAUGACUAUAUUCCAUGUUGUACGGAAAAAAUUAUAGCUGACCAUAAUUUAUUAACAGAUAUAUGUUUUAAGGGAAUUGAAAAGGUAGAGGAAGAAUAUGAUGAAGACAUUUGUGAGGAAAAUAAUUCGUAUGAAAAAUGUAAUAACGAGAAUGUAUAUAAAGGUAAUGAUAAUGAUAAUGAUGACAUAAAUUGUAAUAAUAAUUUUUAUUGUGAUGAAGAUGAUAAUAUUUUGUGUGGGAAGGAUAUUAUAAAAAAUAAGACAAAGAAUUAUAAAAAGAAUAAUUAUCACAAUGAACAGGAGAAGAGGAAUCAACAUAAUAAUAAUCAUGAGAAGAAAAAAGUUACAAGAAAUAGAUCUAUAUAUGACUCUUUUAAUAGUAAUAUAUUAAAUGAGAAGAAUAUGUACACAAAUAAGAACUUACCCUUAAAUAAAUUAAUUUAUCUUGAUGUUAGUUAUAAUAAUAUAAAAAAAUUAACAACAUUUGAAAAAUAUUUACAUAUAAUAAAUAAAAAUAAAAGAGAAAAAAAUGAUUCAUGUUCUGAUGACGCUUAUAUGAAUAAUUUCAUUUCUAAUAAAACAGAACAAGAUGUUAUGAUUUUAUUUUUUAAUUCUUUAGAGACUUUACAUUUAAGAGGUAACCAAUUAACUAAUCUCAAAGGUCUAAGCGUUUUCAAAAAUUUAAAAGUUCUUGAUUUACGUUCCAAUUUUAUUAAUCAUCCUGUACAAUUAUUUUAUAUUUUAGAUAAUAAAAACUGGCUUAAGAAAUAUCAGAAAAAUAAAAUGGAAAGGAAAGAUACAAAUUAUUAUUCUUAUUUUGUUUAUAUCUUAAAAAAAUAUAAAAACUUUAAGAACCUACAGAAUCUAUUUCUUCAAGGAAAUAAUAAAGUUCUCAAACCAAAAUAUUUAUUUAUGAGUGUAUAUAAUGUUUUGAAAAAUAUUAACGUUAAGAGGAAGUUAAGCACUGAUGUUAUUACGGAUAACCUCUCCUUAGACGUAUCCAAAAAAAAAAAAAAGAAAAAUAAUUUUGUGCACAAUGGGGAGUCGGACGAUGAACGAAAUGAAGCUGGAAGGUAUGUGGAUUGUGAGGGGGAAAAUAAAAAGUACGAUGAAGUAGAGGAGGGGGAAGAAUAUGAAGAUGAAAAUGAAGAUGAAAAUGAAGGAGAAGAUGAAGGAGAAGAUGAAGGAGAAGAUGAAGGAGAAGAUGAAGGAGAAGAUGAAGGAGAAGACGAAGAAGAAGACGAAGAAGAAGACGAAGAAGAAGACGAAGAAGAAGACGACGAUUUUAUAAAUUACGUUGAGGAAGAGAAUUAUAGUUUGAACCCAAAGAAUAAGAAAAAAGGAACCGAAUUAAAUGACCGUUUGGAAGAAAAGGAAAUAUUGGAUGAAAAAAUAAAAAAGGACAAAGUGGAUGAUCAUAAUAUUAACGAAUAUAAGGAAAAUAUAAAAAAUUGUCCUAACGAUAGAGAUGAAGAAGAAUCAUUUUACGAAGAUGAUAGUUCGAAUGAAUAUACUUAUAUAAUGGAAAAAAUGGGGAAAUCAUUUAACAAGAUUAAUAAAUUGGAAAACAAUAAAAAUACAAAUAAUUAUUUAAGUGACAUAACAUAUGAAGAAAAAGAAGUUUAUGAUGAUACUUCUCAAGACAAUGGUGAAUCGAAUAUAAAUAGGUCAUCGAAAUGUUCUCCUCUAUAUAGCGAAGAUGAUACAGAAAUUGAAAGUAACGAGGAAGAAGAAUAUGCAUUGAUAAGGAAAAGGAAUAAUAAAGAAAAUGAAGAAGAAGGAUAUGAUGGUGAUGAUAACAAUAAGGAUGGUGAUGAUAACAAUAAUGAUGGUGAUGAUAAUAAUGAUGGUGAUGAUAACAAUAAUGAUGGUGAUGAUAACAAUAAUGAUGGUGAUGAUAAAAAUUAUUAUGGUGAUGAUAAAAAUUAUUAUGGUGAUGAUAAUAAUCAUUAUGGUGAUGAUAAUAAUCAUUAUGGUGAUGAUAAUAAUCAUUAUGGUGAAGAAAAAAAAGUUAAAGAGAAAGAUAAAAGUUUAUUCAUAAAAGACACAUUUAAUAAUAAAAAUUUAUAUUCUUGUAAAACUAGGGAAAAAAAAUUUUUAUAUUCAAUAAAUGAAGAUGAAGAUGAAAAAAAAAUCGAUGAUCUGAUUAAACAUAUUAGUUAUAAUGUAAGCAGGAAUUCUUCAAAUAUUAUGUCGUCUCAAAAUUCAUGGAAAAAAAACCAAGAAUGUAUAAAAUUGAAAAGUUGUGAUAAUAAUAAAAGAGAAUUUGUCUGGGAUAAUAACCAAACAGAAGAAAAUCAGGUUCAAAAUAAAAAUAGAGAAAGAGAUAAUAUUAAGAAGAAAAUUUUGAAUACUAAAGAAAAGAAUUAUAUAUCUGAAGAAUCAAAUGUGUCUUAUGUAGAAAAGGCAAAUAAUUGUAAAAAAAAUAUUUAUAAAUAUAUAAAAAGUAAUGAUAACAUAAACAAAUCUCUUGUGAAGGAAAAAAAAAAAAACAUUUUUCCAUCAUGUGAAAGACAUAACGAAGAAUACUUGAAUGAAAAAAUAAAUAAUAGGAAUACAAAUAAUAAUAUAAAUAUUAAUCAUGAAAAUAAUAAUAUAUUAAAUACAAAAGAACGUUGUUCUUAUACAAAACAUUGUCAUAAGAAUGAUACAGAGAAUAAUAAAAUAAAGAAAAAUAAAAUGGAGAUUACAAUAAAUUCAUUACAUAAAACGUAUAAACAAAAGGAAGGAAGAAAUAUUUGCUUUCCAUCUGUUUUUAAGGAAAAUAAAAAGACUAAUGAUGUACUUAAAGAAAUAUUGUACAAAAAUAGAGACAUGGAUAAGUCAACUCUAACCAACUUUUCCUCUAUGGAGGAGAGUGAUAUGUUUGAUAGCGACUGUGAAGAAAUCAUGCUUACAUCGAAUAGUGACCUUAUAAAUAUUAAUAAGGAAAAUAUGAAUAAGGAAAAGAUUAAUAAAGAAAAUGUGAAUAAGGAAAAGAUUAAUAAGGAAAAGAUUAAUAAGGAAAAGAUUAAUAAGGAAAAGAUUAAUAAAGAAAAUAUGAAUAAAGAAAAUAUGAAUAAAGAAAAUAUGAAUAAAGAAAAUAUUCAUAUGGAUGAUUAUAAUAUACAUAAUUGUAAUAUAAAAGAAUUAUCCAAUUUUUCUGAUAAAAAUAAAAAUCAUUCAAGUUCAAAACAAAAGGGAAACUCAAACCCUCUUACAAUUAAUUAUGGAAAAGAAGACAAAUACAAUAUGGAUGAUCAUAAAAAAAUGAUAGGGACUAUAGAAAAAAUGAUCGAAUAUAAGAACAGUAAAGAAAAAGGUAUUAUCGAUGAUGGUGAUAUUUGUAUAUCUAAGCAGGAGAAUGCACAAGGUAUAUUUAAUGAAAAAAGGAAUAAGGAGCAACUAAAUAAGCAAGGCACAAAUGGAAGCAUGAAUGGAGGAACAAAUGGAAGCAGGGAUGGAGGAACAAAUGGAGGAACAAAUGGAAACAUGAAUGGAAAUAAAGACAAAUAUCAAAUGGAAGAUUCUCUAUACAAUGAUGAGGAAAAAAAAGAAGUGUGCAAUAUUUUAAAUAUUUCUUAUAGAAAGAAUAAGACUAAUUAUUGUGAUGACAACAAUUUAAAGACAGAGAAAUGUAAUAUCCAAAGGAAUGUUAAAAACGAAAUGAAUAUAAGCUAUAGUAACCAAGAUAUUUGUAUAUACAAAAUUGAGGAAGGGAAAGAAAAUGUAACAUAUAAAUGUAAUAAUAAAAAUAAGUUACCAAUGUCGAACCCACAAAAUAGAAAGUUAUAUCAUGCUUGUUCAUCUUUUAAAUCAGAAUCUACAGAUGUAACAGAAAGAACAAUGAAUAUGGAUAAGAAGUUAAUAAUAAAAAAAAAUAUUUUAAAUAACGAUUCUUUAAAUAUAAAUAAUAUGAAAAAUAUAAAGGACUUAAUAAUUUCAAAGAAUAUGAUGAAUAUACAACAAGCUUAUCCUAUACAUAUUCAAAAUAAUAAGGAAACAAAAAACUGGAAUAAAAAAGAAGAACAUGAUCAUAAUAUGUCUUCUAUCAUAAAGGAUACUUUGUUAGUAGAAAAAAAAAAAGUACCUAAAAAUGAAGAUAUUAAUGAUUAUAUAAAUGAAAAAAAAAAUCAAAGUAUUAUAAAGAGAAAUGAUUUAUCACAAAAUAAUCAUAAAGGUACAUGUAUAAAAAAUGUACAAGAUGUGAAUAUAUUAAAAGAUACAGAAAAAUAUAAUGACAAAAAUAGUAUGCUAUGUAAUAAUUUGGCUUUAUAUUUAAAAGAUGCUUGUUUAAAUUUGGGUAAAGAAAAACAAUACACUAAUAAUUUAUUAGAACAAAAAAAAAAGUUAGAAAAUGAAAUAAAAAUUAUGAACGCACAAAAAGAUAUUUAUAAAAAGAAAAUCAAAAACUUAGAAAAAUUAUGUAUUGAGAAAAAUAAAAUUACCAAAAAAUAUAAAAAUAUGAAUAACACAUUCAAAUCUUUUGAACAUAUGAAAAUCGAAGUUCCUAAGGGCGACAUGCAUUCGCAAAAUGAAUAUAUAGAAAAUACAAUGGAAAAGUUAUAUAACGUAUUCUUUGAUGCUUUUGGAGAGGAGCAUAUAAUAACCAAAAUGAUUGAAAGUUUAGCUGAUGUUUAUAUUAAAAAGGAAAAAAAUACAGAAAUGAAAAUGAUAGAACACAAGAAGGAAUUGGAUUUGUUAAAAAACGUCGAGGAAAUUGUAAAAAAGAAAGAUCAAUAUUACAACGAAUUAUUAAAAAAAAAUGAAAUUAUCAAGAGUUUAAAUAUCAACCUAAAUAACAUAACCAAAAGCGUUGCUGAUAUGAAAAAGAGCAUAAUCGAAAAUGAAAACAAGUCAAGGGCGUUAUUAAUGGAGUUGUCAAAAAAAGAUUCAAUUUUAAAAGAUAUGGAAAAAAAGAUCCUACUAAUGAAAGGAAAAGAAAAGGAAUUUGAAAUUGAAAGAGCUAAAAUAAUGGAGCUCCUAAAAGAUAACGAUGGCAACGUGAAGAGCAUAAAAGAAUACAAAGACGAGGUUAAAGCACUCGAAGAAAAAUUAAAAAUAUAUAUAGAUAAAUCUAAAAAUAAAAUGAAUGACAAAAAUUAUGAGAAGAUGGUAGAUAAAUUACAUGAUGAACAAAUAAAAAUACACUCAUUAUUAACGGAAAAAGAAAAAAUUAUAAAUGAAAAAAAUAUUCAAAUUAAUCAUUUAGAAAAUCAAUUACAAUCAUGGGCAGAUGAAGCAACUAAUUGGGUUGUGAUGGCUGACAAGCAUGCCAAACUUAUAACAAAACACAACAUAUUAAAGAAAAAUUAUGAAGAAUUGAAAUUAAAAUAUAUUAUGGAUAUGAAAUACAUCCAGUCAAAUAAAAAUGAAAAAGUUAAGGAACUCAUAAAAAGGUUUUCAUAA